AUGCCCCCCGACGAGCAGGACGACUUCGAGGCCGCCCACGUCCACGCCGUCUACGAAUCCAUCGCGCCGCACUUCAGCGCCACGCGCCACUCGCCCUGGCCCCUCGUCUCGCGCUUCCUGCGCGCCCUCCCCCCCGGCGCCGUCGGCCUCGACGUCGGCGCCGGCAACGGCAAGUACGCCCCCGUCAACCCGGCCCUGCACCUCCUCGCGUCCGACCGCUCCCCCGCCCUCGCCCGCCUCGCCCGCGCCCAGCGCCGCGCCGAGGUCCUGCUCGCCGACUCGCUCGCCCUGCCCUACCGCGCCGCCUGCGCCGACUUCGCCAUCUGCAUCGCCGUCGUGCACCACCUGUCCACCCGGCCCAGGAGGCAGCGCGCCCUGGCCGCCCUGCUGCGCGUCCUGCGCCCGCGCGGCAGGGCCCUGGUCUACGUCUGGGCCCUCGAGCAAGGGUCGUCCAGCCGGAGGGGGUGGCACGCCGCCUGCCCGCAGGACGCCCUGGUCCCCUGGGUCGUCCGCGCCAAGGGCGGCCUGCCCGACCAGACCUACCACCGCUACUACCACCUCUACAGGGAGGGCGAGCUGGAGGAGGACGUCGCCGCCGCGGGGGGGGUCGUCUGCGAGAGCGGCUACGAAAGGGACAACUGGUGGGUGAUUUUCACCACGGCCUAG